AUGAUUGGUGUGCCAGUAAAUUCUAAUUCGGUUUAUAUACCAAUUGUUCAAAGAGGAAUUGGCUUUUUUAUUGUUGGUGGAAUAACAAAUGUUAACUCUGUUAAACAUGGAUUUCCUAUAUUAGUAGGUGUUGGUAUUGCUUUGACUAUAAUUGGAUCAAUAAUUUUCGCUUGUAUAUGUUUUAUCAUACAAUCAAGACGUUUUAGACGAUUCCGACAAGCCAUUAAUGAAGAAUCAAUAAAAUAUUCAUCAAGAUCAUCAAAACCAUGUAGUUGGAGAUUAGAUACACCGAGAGCAUGGUUUGGAGAAUAUAGAUAUCAUCGGAACAGUCAACUUGUUUAUCAUUUGGUAAUUGAUAUUGGUAAUUCUCCUAAUGAAACAUAUAUCGGAUAUCAAUCGAAUCAACAUCUUCCUGAUAGAACAUUAUAUUAUCAACAAGAAGAUAAUAAUGCACCUCCACCUUAUUCUUAUCCAUCAGCACCAUAUUGUUCUUAUUGUAAUGUACCGAGACAAUAUUUGUCAGCUAAAUAUUGUUCAUCAUGUGGAAAUUCAUUAAAUUGA